UCGUCUAUUUGAGUUAGAACAUCAUUUAGACUAAUAAAUAAAUAAACAAACCCAUCCGAAUAAAGAUUGUGAAUAAUGGGUUCUUCUUCUCUUUCAACCCGCCUCCUUGCUCUUGCACUUUCAGUCUCUCUUUUAUUCACUUCCUCCUCCGGCCAUGGUCACUCUUGGGACCCCUAUACCGAUAAGGCCAAAAUGAUCCACCAUGAUGGUCCGAUGCUCACUGGGAACGUUAAACUAGCCUUAAUGUGGUACGGAGAUUGUGGAAAAGACAUAAAGAAUACGAUGAGGAAUUUCAUAAAAUCGUUGGAGUUGCCAGGCAAAGACCACCUUCAACCUCAAGUCACCCGUUGGUGGGAAGUGGUGGAAAGUUAUCAAGCCAUGAUGCCAGGUGCAAAGCCUGGGAAAAGCCCCAAAAUCAAGGUGGAAGUGGUGAAACAAUUGACUAAUAAAGCAUACAAACAUGGAAAAGUCUUGACUUUGCAAGCACAUAUCCCAAUUCUUAUCGAGGAACUCACUAAGGGCGAUACUAAUGUCCUUCCGGUCAUCGUUGCCGCAAGAGAUGUCUCCAUUCAAGGACUUUGCAAUGGAAAGUGUGCCGAUCAUCUACUUACUGAGGAUCCCAAGCCGCGCCCAUACAUCAUCGUCGGGAACCCAGAAACUGAGUGCCCUGAAGAAUGUGGAUGGCCUUUCGUUCCCGCUAAACCUGGCUCAAAAGGACCAGUCCUUAAACCACCAAGUGGCAAUAUGGCAGCUGAUGCUAUGGUCAUUGCCUUCGCCAGCGCUUUGGCUGAUGCGGUCACAAACCCUAUGGAGAACGGCAUCUACCAUGAGAACAGCGCCACUCCUAUGGGUCCUGCCGCUGUUUGCAAAGGCAUUUUUGGCCCUGGCGCUGCCCCUGGAAACCCUGGCAAGGUCCAAACCGACCCCAAAACUGGUGGAAAUUUCAAUGCUCAUGGCAAUAAUAGAAAAAGAUUCUUGCUUCCUGCAAUCUGGAACCCCGCUACUAAAGCUUGCUGGACUCUCUAAGGGAGGUGGUUAUGCAAAUUGAAGUGGUUAUGCAAAUUGGAGAGAAAAUAUUAAACCCACCCACCCAACACACCCAACACACACAAACACACACACACACACACACACAAAAAGAAAAGUUUUUUUGAUGUUCUAAUUCUUUUAUAUCUUUGUUCUAUUUCUAAAUAUUAAAUAUUUAUUUUAUGCUUC